AUGAAUGAUGAUGAAACAAUACAAACGGAUGACAUCGAUCAAUUGGGCGGAGGCUAUUGGAACACAAAUUUUGAAUUGCAGACUGAUUACACCCGACAAAGUAAAAGAAGGCAUUUCGGUCUAGAAGUUGGCGAUGUUACAUUUUAUGUUGACCCUAUUGAAAUGUCUAAGAAAUCACUCUAUUUCGAGCUUCUUACAACCAGUAAUCAUUUCAUGGAAGGGAUUCGCGGUACCAGUCGUUUAUACGAUAAGAACGAUGAUAUUGCAUGCAUGUUGAAGUCUACGUGCCCUACAACUUUCAACAUAUAUCCACGAAUCAUUCGGGUGCAGUCAAUUCCAGCACUUGCUCGUUUGGCCGAUAAAUACAAUUUGAAAAUUUUGCAGCUUAAUUGCGAGUAUUUUGCUCUGAGAGCAAAUUUCCAAAAAUAUGGAAAUAAUGUCUUGGUUAAAUUGCUUCAGACAGCAAUUAUGUAUAAUUACGAUUCGAAACUUCGAGAAAAUCUUAUCAAAGAACUAAUGAAUCGCUCACAAUUUCUCAACAAUUCAGUGAACAAUGAAUUGACAAAGGAAAUUUGCAGUAUCAUCGUAAAAUAUAGUUUAAAACAUAAUGGUAAGGAUACAGUCAAAGGUGUAUGUCGUAGUUGUGGACAGCAGAAAACUAGUGAUUCCAAUGCUGGAAAUCGUUGCAGUCUGUGGAAAUGUGAACGGUGUAAUUGGAUGUACUGCUUGGAGUGUAAGUCGAUCCCAUGCGUUAUAGAAGUAGAAGAAUAUCUUAGGAUUGCAUUUGAAAAGUAUGAAAUGGAAGAACUGAGGAAAGAAGCUGAAUCUCAGAUGACUGAAAAAAGAAGCUGA